AUGCCGCCUCCACUUCCUUCCCAUCAUCGCGGGAUGACCGCGAACCCGAUUAGGCCUGGCCGCUACCGACCAGGCAAGGCAGUCGCCGAGGAACCCUCGUCCGAUGAAGAGGAAGAGGAAGAGGAGCAAGACGUCGAGGCCAAGAAGGAGUUAGAACGAAGGCGCCGCGCGGAGGAGCAGCGGAGGAGGCGGCAACAGGCUCCCACAGCCAGCUCAUUUCCAUCAGCUGCGGUUCAAAAGAGCCAACCAGAAGAAGAUGAGGACGAGGAAGGCUUUGUGACAGACGAGGAGGAUAUUGAUCAGCCCCAUGCGAUCACGAAGGAGGCGCAGACAUCAACAGUCUCAAGAACAGCGCCCGAGACAAGGUCCGUAGCAAGUGAUGACGACGAGAAAGCCCGCGACGACGACAAAGAUGAAGAAGAAGAAGAGGAGGAGGAGGAAAGUUCGGAAGAGGACAGCAGCUCAGAGGAUGAGGCUCCACGACGAAUGUUGAUUCGUCCUACAUUUAUCAAAAAGGACAAGAGAGGCAAUGCCGGUGGCCAGGGCGCAGAAGCCUCAACUGCACGCUCUAUCAGUGCAGCCGACUCUGCAGCCGAGAAUGAAGCCAGACGUGUCCAGCGACAAGAGCUAGCCGAUCAAUUGGUGCGCGAUCAGCUUGAGAAGGAAGCUAUCGCGCGUUCUGCAGCAAAUAAGGCAUGGGAUGAUGACGAUCUCGCAGAAGCCGACGACGAAGCUGCCAUUGACGACCGCGACGGGAUUGACCCAGAAGCCGAAUAUGCUGCGUGGAAACUGCGGGAAUUGAAACGUGUGAAGCGUGAGCGCGAAGCAAUCGAAGAGGCCGAAAAAGAACGCGAAGAGGUGGAGCGCCGGCGCAACCUCACCGCGGAGGAGCGGGAUCGUGAGGAUCGCGAAUUCAUCGCAAAACAGAACGAAGAGCGCGAGGCGAAUCGGGGUCAGACUGGGUUUAUGCAACGCUACUUCCACAAGGGUGCCUUCUUCCGGGAUGAACAGGAGCGCGAGGGUCUGGAUCAACGCAAUGUGAUGGGUCGCCGAUUCGCCGACGAGGUCGCGGUUGAGACAUUACCACAGUACAUGCAGAUUCGUGAUAUGACCAAGCUUGGAAAGAAAGGUCGUACUCGCUAUCGUGAUUUGAAGACGGAGGAUACCGGACGCUUCGGCGACGGCCUUGAACAUCGACGGCGCCAAAACGCUCCGCCGGUCGGGGUUACAGACGAGCGAUUCAUGCCUGAUCGAGGUGACGACCGAGGACAUGGGUCUUCAGGGCCAACCGGGGCCAAUGCCAGUGCUGUGCGUCCACGACACAGAUCAAGAUCGCGAUCUCCCAGGAGAGACCGCCAUCACGACAGAAGUCGAUCAAGAGAGCGUAGGAAACGCAGUCCAUCCCCAUAUGACGACCGCGACAAGAGGCGACGGGUAGAAGGCACUUCAUGA